GUCCCCCGAGAAAAUCGGUUACGCGCGCGCUAGCUGUUGCCCUACGACUAUUUUCACAAAAUUUUUUCUACGGUAUCGCCGCCAAUUUGUUGUUAGUGCGUACGACUGCCGUCUGUGGGAAUUUUGUCGCGUCCAACGAAUACAUCGACAUGACAGACAUUGGACGACAAUCGGUGAUCAAUUACGUUUCGACGCUAUAAUUUUUUUCUAAAUUAGGUUACGAGUACGCUAAGUGCGCGUUUCCCGCCGUCGUUUGUGCCUAGGUGGUGUCGCGUAAAAUUGUGGUGAGAACAACUUGCACAACGUUGGCCGACUCGUGUCCCGUUAUCGUUUUACAUUCUCGAGCGAAUCGAACUCUGCUAGUGCUUAAAACAAUAAUUGUUUUUCUCUGAAUACGACGCAACGAUAGUUGAACGAUUGUAGCAAACGUUGCAAUGUCACCGUCAUUCUCCAUAUUCCAUCAGAAAAUAUUUGAUCUGAACAAACUAAAAUGACUACCAACGGCAAUUAUUCGUCGUCCAGGACGAAGAGAAAACUAGAUGAAGAACCUCCUGGGUGUUCGACCGAUGGCCAAAGACGUAAUAAAAUUCCAAACAGAGGCCGCGACAGAGUCGUGGAGACGGCGCCCAUUGUGGUGCUAUCUUCGUCGUCAUCGUCGGCCGACAGCGAUUCGGAAGUAGAAGAAACCUCGUCUUCGUCGUCGUCGUCUUCCAACAGCGACACUGAAGUAGAAGAGACCUCGUCGCGUUCUUCGGCCACCGCAGCGUCAUCGGAACGGUUACACGGAAUUGCCAUACCGGUGAUCGACAACCACGUGCAAUCGUUCGACGUGUCCAGCGAUUGGGAAUGGGAAUCGGACAACGAAAACGGAGGUGUCGGCGAUUUAGUGGCCGACAUCGAGCGGGUUGUCGAACGCAUGGAACCCAGGGCGGCGGCGAUCGGUAGACAUGGCUCGAGGAGGCGUUCGGCCGCCAUAGACCUGACGGGCAUCGGUGACGAACCGUGCGAAUGGGAUUUCGACAGCGACUACAGCGACUACUACGACGACAGUAGCAGCAGCAGCAACGGUAGCUACGGUAGCGAAGACGACGGCGAGCUGUUAGACGACGAAGCGGCCGCAGCCGCGGCCGAGGAACGCGACCAUCGCCGUCGGACCAAGAACGGCAGGACCGCCGCCGACAGAGGAGGAGGAGUAGGGCGAAGACGGUUGGAUAAGAGCGUGCGGCUGAUAUUGCAAGCGUACGCCAACUCUUCGCGCGAACCCAACCGUUAUCAAUUCCAAACGGACCUGUUGCCACCGCCGCGUCCACCGGUCCCGGGACGAGCGGUCGCGUCGCGGACCGACGAGUACACAGCUUCCGUCCGGGAGUCACUCGACUUCAAACGCACACUGAACAACAUGUGCCGGUCGCUGGCCAACACCGGCAUCGCUACGGCCAGACCCGAAAGCGUCACGUCGAACGGCGGCGGCGGCGGAGAAAGUUCGUCCAUAGUCGUGGUCGACGUACGAUCGGGCGUCAGUCGGUUGUCCGUCGAAACAGAAACGUUAUCGAAUGUGCUGGAAAAGUACGACUUGGAGACGAUAUGUUCGUCGUCCAACGAGGACGGUGGCGGUGGCACCACGGCCGAUCAACUGUUGGUCGAGUCGGCGCACAAUUGGGGCGAACUGAUCGCAAAAAUCGACACACGGACGCCGGUUCCCGCCGCCGCCCGUCAGAUUCCUUCGCCGUCGCGAUUCCGUUCACCUCCUCGGUCUCCGCCGUCACCGCCGCAACCGCAGCGGUUUUCGCCCGGAUGUAUAGUGUUGAGUGAUGACAACGAUGACGACGACGACGCGUUGGCGACGGCCGUCGGACGGAACGACGACAAUAGCCUGCUGAACAUUUGCGUGCCGCCGAUCGGCGGACGCGCGUUGCAUCCGGUUCGCCGCAACGUGUUGGAGUUUCAAAUCGACGACGAGGACGACAACGACGCUAGGGUAGAACUGCAGUCACCGGAACCCGAAGAACUGUUCCCGGGAUACUGUCCGGAAUUGUUGCGCUCCAUGCAGGAGCGGUUCAAUCGGAAACGGUUGGUCGAUCACGUGUUGGACCCGAGCACCAGCAAUCUGAGGGUGAAAGACGUGCUGACGGUGUUCUCGCCCCGGCAGUGGCUCAACGACGAGGCCGUCAACCAUUAUCUGGGAUUGGUGGAGGCCAGGUCGAGCGGCCGCGUUAUGGCGCACAAUACGUUCUUCUACACCACCCUGGUGACGGCCGGGUACGCGCGCGUGCGCCGAUGGACGCGCAAGGUGGACGUGUUUGGCAAGCGCAUGCUGCUGGUGCCCGUGCACAACAACAACCACUGGAGCCUGUUGUGUGCGAAUUUCGUUACCCGCACCAUAAGCUACUACGACAGCGUGGGCCUGUCCAACAACCAGUGCGUCCGCGCGCUCUUCUACUAUCUGGCCGCCGAGCACGCCGACAAGAAGGGCACCCAAUUCGACAUCGACGACUGGACACUGGAAAUGGCCGAAUGUCCCGCGCAGACCAACACGCACGACUGCGGUGUGUUCGCCUGCGUCAACGCCGAACGCUUGGCCCGUGACGCGCCGUUGAAUUACUCUCAAAAAGACGCCAUCGUACUCCGACACAGAAUGGUAUACGAAUUACUGAACAACAAGCUCUGCCAUUGAUUUUUAACAUAAUCGUUCACAUAUAAUAACUCGUUUAUAUAGUAACUCUCUAUCUAUAUUUAGAUAGAGAGUUAUAUAUAUAUUUUAUAUUUAUAUAAUAAUUCGCUAUAUUUAUAUUUUAUAUUUACAUUAACUUAAUAUCACUUGUAUACAGCGUGUUCAGUAAGUAAGGAAACAGGUCUAUUGUUCCAAACAAUGAGAACAAUAGAAACCCGUUUCCUUACUUACUGAACACUCUAUCUAAAUUAUUUAACUCUAUUUGCGUGCCGAGAAGUCACUACCGUCUGUGUUGACUGAUUUCUGUUGUUAUCAAUAACUCGCAUCUUUGUCGUGUUGUGUUAUACGAUCAUAAUAAUAAUUAUAUAAUGUUUAAUUGUUAAACGUUUACAUAAAAAAAAAAACUGAUUGUAUUGUAAUAUGUAUGUUACAAUCAUUAUAUCUCUUCUACUAUAGUGGUGUAGAAGAAUAAUUCUAUUAAGUAGUUAAUAUAUUUAGAUAUAAAUGUAUUAUUUUUACACACGAAUAAGAUUUUUUUCAAACCUUUAUCAGUAAGAAGUACGUACGAUUUUUAUUUUAAAUUUUUGUUAUUGUGUACUGGAUAUUGUUUUAUGUUAAUUGUUAAACAUUGCGUGUCCAACACAGUCUAGUCUCGAAUGUUUUUUAGUUGACAAUGUUAUUUGAAUCCUUACCUUUACCGCCACUAUUUUAGUACUCUCUUAUCGUUCAUACUUAUGUCUCAAAAAAAAAUAAUUUAAAAAAGCAUUUGGUUUGUUGUACUUUGUAAUUAAUAUUUUUUGAUUAAAGAGCGAUUGUUUUGUUUGUUUAAA